AUGAAGUUCACCGGCUUCAUGGCUGUCUUUUGGGCAGCUGGCGUCUGCAUGGCAUCGCCACUGAUCUCGACGAGGGAAGACAAUCGCGUACUCCACGACAGAGACACCACAAAACCCCAAAUUUUCAUCAUCGCUCUGUUCCCUCCCGAGCGUGAUACCUGGCUCAACAGCUCCAAUACAGCUAGCGGCUUUGGAAGUCACCUCCUGGAGAAAAACAUCACCGUCCCAGGUUUCUCACCACUUUACCCCGAUGCACAUUGCAAACACGAUGGCUCAGUCUGCCUCCUCACAACUGGUGAAUCCGAAAUCAACGCCGCAGCAACCAUCUCAGCUCUCAUGCUCUCCCCGCUUUUCGACCUCCGCAAAACCUACUUCCUAAUCUCAGGCAUCGCAGGCGUGAACCCCAAGCAGGCCACCCUCAAUGACGUCGCCUUCUCCAAAUACGCCGUGCAAGUAGCCCUGCAAUACGAAAUCGACGCCCGGGAACUGCCUAGUGGCUACGGAUUUGGCUAUAUACCCCAAGGUUCGCAUUUCCCCGACGAUUAUCCUAGCAGCAUCUACGGCACCGAGGUCUUCGAACUCAACGAGGCCCUCCGCGACAUGGCUGUGAAGCUCGCCAGCCGUGCCAAAAUGAUCGACACGAACGUCACAGCAGCAUACCGCAAGCAGUACGCUGGUAACCAGACAGCCGCGAGUCCUUACGCCAAAGGCCUCCGGUCCCCGUCAGUCAUCAAAUGUGAUGUCGUUACGUCAGAUGUCUAUUUCUCCGGCCAGCUGCUCGCGGAGGGUUUCGAGAACACAACAAGGCUAUUCACGAAUGGCUCAGCCACAUAUUGCAUGACGGCCCAAGAAGACAAUGCGAUCCUCGGCGCCAUGGUCCGUGGCGCGAAAGCCAAGGUCAUGGACUUCGCACGCGUGAUCGUCAUGCGCGCAGGCACGAACUUCGAUCGUCCGCCGCCUGGAAUUGACUGUCUCGAUAACCUAUUCUCCACCUCGCAAGGCGCGUUCCAGUCUUCGCUAUACAACUUGUUUCUCGCUGGCUCGCAGGUUGUUGAUGGGAUUAUGAAGGGAUGGGGUUGCACGUUUGAGAAUGGCGUAAAGGCAGAGAAUUAUAUCGGGGAUAUAUUUGGUACUCUGGGUGGAACACCGGACUUUGGACCAGGGAGUGACUUUGGUGACAAUCCGGUGCAGACGAGGGCGAUGGGGGGGAGGGUUGUGCAUAGUGAGAGUGUGGCGGGUAGGAAGGAUGGGAAGGGGAAGUGGGGCGCGAUGGUUGCUAGGACAGCUAACGGGAAUGCUUGA